AUGAAUCCCCGCCCACCUUCCCCCAGCGACGAUGCCUGGGACGACGAUGUCGACGACGAGCGCAUCCUAGACCAGAUCGAGCUCCUCCUCGGCAGCGACAGGCGCAGGCAGAGCCAGCGCGACGUUGAGAUCUGGCAGCUCGAACCCAAGCACAUGCUCAUCGGCUCGCUGUCCGGGAACACUUUCCACCAGGUGAUCGGACGAGCAUGCCUGCAGAAGCAACCCCGACCGUACGGAUAUAAGGCAAACCAGCCCAAGCUCCCCCUGUCCUACGUCUCGUUCGACUUCAAGCGCAAACUUAUCGUCGCCAAAGUCAGCUUUGCCGACGCCAGCAACCUCCCUCGAGUGCUUAACCCCCUCGACAUCGAGCUGCCGCUGUCAGACAUCACCGCUGACGGCUUCCAUCUCUGGUCCCAGGUCAUAACUCCUAAUCUCCGCGAGGUUCGUCUCACGGUAGCCUUCCGUCGCCCGCCACGAUACUUCUGCCGCUUCGACAAACAGAUUGUCACCCCGUCUGGCCACGUCCUCUUUCGCCGGCGCGCAACCCAGUGUGACUUCACUUACCACCACAUUCAAGAGGCCAAAGAACCUAUAAUCCGGCCGGUCAAUGACGGUCGUGCAGGCUUCCCCGUGCUAUGGAAUGCGUAUCAGUGGACCUUUGAAAUGGACGACAAGCAGUUCAACCGCCUUCGGGCUGCAAAGCUCAUGAUCCAGCGCAUCCCAGACCUCCACAUUCUCUCCAAGGAUACCUCACCUGUCCCCGUAGAGCCCAUCCUUCGCGUCAAGUGGGUAGCGCCAGACCUCAGCGCUCUAGACUUUGAGGUGCGCGUCCUUCUGGAAGGACUGAUAGGCACUGGCAUCCUCUAUCCAGGAGACUGGCCCGAGCUCCUUGCAGAGUUGGACACCGCCACAGCGUCCCACCCGCGAGACGUCAAGCUCCGUGUGCUCGAAAGCCUCUUCACUGAAGAGCGCAUCCACAAUAUUAAAGCCACAUUGCGCCGAAGGAUCAGAACGUUCCUCACCGUGCCCAACAUCCCCGAGAUCAAACACCUUGUGCCCAUCCGCACGGUCCAGGUCACACCGACGCGCAUGCUCAUCGGCCCGCCUCAGCAGGAGGCGAGCAACAGCGUCACGCGCAAAUACUCGGACCGCCUGCACGGCAUCGUCCGCGUGCAGUUUGUGGACGAGGGCGACCGCAUCCACGUCCUGGACUACGCGAGGCAGGCGGACAUCGCCAUGCCCGAAGUAGGCCUGAUGGCGCGCAUCCGGCGCGCGCUCAACAACGGUAUUUGCGUUGGCGGGCAAGUCUUCUUCCCUAUCGCUUCUUCCGGCUCUCAGCAAAAGGAUCACGCGAUCUGGUUUUUCGACCCGACCGUCAUCCAUCACCUUGAGCUUUUCCUCUGGAUCGGUAAGGUAACCGAGACAGUGGUCGCGAAGUACGCGGCGCGGAUGGGACUCCCCUUCAGCACCAGUCGCGAGGUAGAUAUCCGUGUCUCUCUCGGUACCCGCGCGGACGUUGAGAGGCACGGCUACUGCUUCACCGACGGUUGCUCCGUCGCGGGCGCGGAGGUGAUGUGGAAAGCGGCGGAAGCGUUCAAGCGCAAAGGGCAAGUCGUGUCGCGACCGUCCGCGAUUCAGUUCCGUUUAGGCGGCGCAAAGGGCAUGCUCGCGUGCUGGCCGGAUCUCGCCGAGCCGCACCAGGUGCUCCUGCGCAGAUCGCAAGUCAAGUUCUCCAGCGAGCGGGAUGCGUUGAGCAUCAUCCGAACGAGCCACUUUCAAGCUGCCUUUCUGAACCGCCAGUUCAUCCUGAUUAUGGAGGCCAACGGCGUCCCGCAGAAGCUCUUCCUUGAUCUCUUCGACGAUGCCCUCACGCACAUGCGCGGUUUUGACGCCCGCAUUGCGGCGGGCGCGCCGAGUCCGGACGAUAUGGCUCUCCUGUCGAACGGCACCCCGUUCCCCCUCGCCACGCUCAUCACCUCCGGGUUCAACACCAACCCCUUCGUCCUCGAUCUCUGCCAGCUGAUCAAGAGACGGGCAUUGGCAGAUCUCAAGUGCCGCAACCGCGUGCAGAUCAGCGGCGGCGUGUACCUUAUGGGCAUUUGCGACGAAGUGGCUUGUCUUGAGGAAGGCGAGGUAUUCUGCCAGUACCAGGUGAACGACAACAGCGAGCCCGUCAUCGUGACGGGAUACGUGCUGGUCUGCCGUGCGCCCGCCCUGCAUCCAGGUGAUGUCCGGCGCGCCCUUGCUGUCGACCGCCCGGAGCUGCGGCAUCUCACAAACGUCAUCGUCUUCAGCACACAAGGCGCGCGGCCCCUCCCAAAUAUGCUGGGCGGCGGCGACCUCGAUGGCGAUGACUACACGCUGAUUUGGGAUAAGCGGUUCGUUGAGCCGCUGAAAGAGUUCGAGCCAAUGAACUAUACUGCCCCGCCACCGACGCGCGUACCGCAGGUGACGCAACAGCAUUUGAACGAGAAUUUCAUCAAUUUUAUCAUGAACGAUAUUCUUGGCCAGGUUGAUAAUGCUCACCUCGCGACAUCUGACUGCCUCUCGCCCUUCCACGAUGAUUGCCUCAAGCUGUCGGAGAUCCAUAGUGUAAGUCAACGACUGACUUUAGCGGGUCAACCUGCGCAGCUCACCCGCGAGCUGGUUCCUACCACAUGGCCCGACUUUAUGGGCAAGGAAGGUGAGGCUACGUCUGUACCUCGCUCACCUCUGGUUGAUCCUGAGCCUGCGUUCCGGCCGACCAACCUUCUCAAGGCUGCGUACGCCCUCCACCCCGGCCUCAUCGACAUCUUCGAUCUGGACGUAAAGAUGCUGCGCCACAUGCAGGUCGUGAAAAGCCGCUACGAGUUCGAUCUGCAGUACACGAUGCGCCGCUUCAACGUUGAGGAAGCGGAGGCAGUCUCGGGCGUACCCGCACACAACCGGAAACGCCUGGGCUCGCGCGAGCAGCGCCAUAUGCAUGAAGCAUUGGACGUCGUGUACCAAGCUCACGUCGAGACGACGCGCGGGAACGCGCUGAAACUCACUCAGGACGUGAACGUGCCCGACGGAUUCACACUGGAGGAGUACAUCGCGUGGCAUGCGUACAUGCUUGUCUUCGAGACUAGACACGUCCUGAGAAGAGCGGAUGAGCUGGACAGCGUUUUCAGCGACCUGGAGACGUCCGCCUUUGAGGACGGCGAGAUACGCGGGCUGUACGUCAAGUUCUUCAGAGUCUGCUGA